AUGAGGCUAGCUUCUCACCCAUCUAUAAUUCAUUUUUAUGGAGUCACGGAAUUAGAAGACGAAAAAAAUUAUUCGCUUGUUCUUGAAUAUGCAGACGGCGGAACAUUAGAAAAAUAUUUAAGUGACAAUGUUAAGACUAAAAUUAAAUGGGAAAUCCAGUUAAAGUUUGCCAAAGAAAUUGCAUGGGCGGUUUUGUGGUUGCAUGAUAGUGACAUUAUACACGGAGAACUUCAUCCCAAAAAUAUCUUAAUUCAUCAAACCACUUUAGGAGUAGUAUAUUGGGAAUUAACAAGUUGUUCAUCGCCUUUUGAUUUUAAGAAUAAAUUUGAUCGAAAUCAAAUUACGUUAAUUAUCCUUGGAAUUAUUGAUGGUGAAAGAGAAAUUCCUAUCCCGAACACAAAUAAAUGUUGGCAACACGAACCACAAAAAAGGCCAGAUAUUAAUGAAGUAAUUUUGGAACUUGACAAUAUUCAUCUCAUUGAUUCCGAGAACAAUAACGAAUCAAGUCAUUCAGAACUCAAUGAAAGUAAAAUUAUAGAGGAACUAGAAAAUGAACAUUCUGACUUGGCAAGUUAUAAUUAUUGUGAUAUAAAUUUUGAUAAAGAUAAUGAAUCAAAUUGUUUGGAUCCUGAACAUUUUGACUUAUCAAGUUUCGAUUAUUGUGACAUAGAUAAAUAUCAGUUGCCGACGAAGAUUAUAUCUUACGCAAAAACUUAG